GAUAAACGAAGCAGACCAGACCCAGCUACAUUUUUGGUUUGAGCUGAAAUAAUAAAGGACCUGAGACGAAUAUCUCCUUAGAUUAUCCACCAUCUUUGUCAUCAAUGCUUUGUGGAUAAAUACAAAUAGAGCUGGUAGCUGCAUCAGAUGGUGACAAAAACUGACAUUUCCGGUAAAAUGUCCAUGGAACAUUUCGACGGACUGUUUGUAAAAAAAAUGGGAAUUUUAAAAGCCCUUGUGUAUUUUUAAUUUGAAGAACAUUUGACUCUUUUUGCAUUAUCGAUUUUUUUUAUUGUUUUAUUUUGCAGUAUAUGUAAUAUUUGGUACAUUACGACAGGAAACUAUUGUUUUGAAGAUCUUUACUGAGUAAGGUGAAAAAAUGCCCCGUCUCGUAUCAGAUGUGUGGAAGCAUUUCACCCCAGCCAUCAAUGAUGAUGGGAAGACUGUGUACAUGUGCAACUACUGUACAAAGCAGUAUGUAAAGAAUGCCACAAAGUUGCAAGUGCAUUUAACCAAAUGCAAAAAUGCAACACUAUAUCAAAGUUCACAAGAACCAUUGUUCUGCCAUACAAUUGAGGACCAUAGCCACAAGAAUGCCGAUGAGAGCCUGGCUCGUGCUGUGUACGCCACAGGCUCACCCCUCAUGCUCACAGAGAAUGUGUACUGGAAGAGUUUUUUCAACGUUGUUUGCCCUGGAUACUCUCUUCCCAACAAAGAUGCUCUGUCUAAUCAUUUGCUGGAGUCUGAAUUCAACAGAGUGCAAGGAAAGGUAAAGGAAUUAAUAGAGAAGGCAGACGGGGUUGCUGUUAUCUCAGAGGGGUGGUCAAAUGUACGAGGGGAUGGUAUCAUAAACUAUAUUGUUUCCACUCCGUUACCACUGGUUUUCAAGACAACAGACACAAGGGACAACACUCACACAAGUAAUUACAUUGCUGAUGAGAUUAAAGCUGUUAUCGAUGACAUUGGACCAAAUAAGGUGUUUGCUAUUGUUACUGACAGUGCCGCAAACAUGAAGGCUGCCUGGGCACUAUUGGAGGAGGCUUACCCUCACAUUACACCCAUUGGCUGUGCAGCUCACGGGCUUAACCUGCUCCUCAAGGACAUAAUGAGUUUGCAAACCAUGGAAACGCUGCACAAGACAGCAAGGCAAGUUGUACAGGUUGUCAGGAGAAAAGACGAUGUGGUGGUACCCUACAGCAAAGAAAAUUCAAAGAUAAAGAACUCAACACAAAACCUACCCUGUGACACAGGAUGGGCUAGGGUUGUCACAAUGUACAGCAGCCUUCUGAAGGAUAAGGAGUCUCUGCAAGAAAUGGCAAAAUCACAGUCUGCUGACAUUGAAAUCUCCAUCAAGAAAACACUGCUUGAUGAUGUGUUUUGGGAGAGAGUCGUUCGCAGUCUGUCACUACUCUCACCGAUUGCAUCUGCAAUUGAUCAGAUUGAAGGAGUCGAUGCUGUCUUGUCGGAUGUUCUCAGACUUUAUACUGAUUUAAAAGAUAAAAUCAGCAUGGCCCUACCCUCAGUCUUGUUGCUCAACACAGAGAAGACGGCAGUUAUUCGAUUUGUGGAGGUGUGUGAAGAGUUUUGUGUCAAGCCAAUUCAUGCAGCAGCAUACAUGUUGGAUCCAAAGCAUAAUGGGAAACAAAUACUUUCUGGAGAACAGAUCAACAGCGCAUACUAUGUGAUUUCUACUCUCUCACACCAUCUCAAUCUUGAAGAGGGGAAAGUUCUCGCAAGUCUGGCUAAAUUCUCUACCAAGCAAGGCCUGUGGAAUGGGGAUGGGAUAUGGCAGUCAUGUCAGCACAUAUCUCCAUUCACCUGGUGGAAGGGGCUCUGUGCAUCUGAGGCCCUGUCACCAAUCGCCUCUGUUGUCCUUCAAAUCCCACCAACAGUAUCAGCUUCUAACCGCCACAGGGCGCUCUUUGGGAAAACCAAAAGAAAUGUGGGCAACAUUUUGUCAAACAACAGACUGGAGAAAUUGGUGGCUAUCAGGGUUAACCUGAACCUUUUUGAGCCAGGUACAGGAGGGUCAACGACACAGCUUCACAGUGACACAAAGGAGAGAAUCAUGGACAUGGUAUUACAGUCUGAGUAAGCAACUUAGGAUAGAAAACAGACAAUAAUAAGUGCUAAAUUCCAAAUGACCCACUCCUUCCUCCACUUCAGCCUAUUUGCCCAGGUGUCCCAAUUGCAGAGGAAGGGAACAUUAUCAAGGGUGUAGGGUACACUGGCCCCUUCCAGUGGGUGUGAGGGAGUUGAUUUCUUUAUUUAACCCCUAGCCACUGUGCCGAAGUCACCCUCCAAGCAUAGAGGGCACACUGAGUAAGUGCGUGGGGUAUAGGUGUUGGUUUGGGGUACGCUGAAGGACUGUGAGCUAUAUAAUUUAACAAGUCUAAACUCAUUUUAAGUUUGAACUCAUACACUUACACAGUAUUUUAGACUUACAUCUUUUAUAGGAUUGGUUCGGUUACUCGUGAAAAUAAUGUAUAAUUUUGUUAAAAUAAAGGAUGGAGAAUUGGA